AUGGGAGGGGGGAACAAGAAGCCCUCCAUGCCCGACUCUACCAAUGCUGUCGCCGUGAACCACGCCUCCCGUGGAGUUUUACCUGUAUCGGCGCCAAAUUCCGCUAGAAUACCAUCAGCUCCGCCUCCACUGUCGGGUGUCAUGGAGGUCCUGCCGGUGUUCCGUGAUGUUUCGGUGGUGGAACGGCAAAAUCUCUUUUUGAGUAAGCUUCAGGUUUGUUGCUUCGUCCUCAACUUCCCCGACACGCUAAAGAACGUUAGAGAGAAGGAGAUCAAGCAGCAAACGUUGAUGGAGCUCGUUGAGUUCAUCCAAUUUGGCUGCGAAAAAUUAUCAGAGAAUUGCCAAGAAGAAAUGAUUCGAAUGAUUUCAGUUAACAUUUUUUGGUGCCUUCCUCUGAUGUCAUACGAGAACAUCGGGCAUGAAUCCACCGAUCCCGAGGAGGAGGAGCCUUCUAUGGAUCCCGCAUGGCCUCACUUGCAACCCGUUUACAAGCUUCUCCUAUGA